GACCGGGCGCGCUCGCACGCAGGCGGAGCCUCCGCUCCUCGCCCGCCCGGCUCCCUCCACUCGCCGCUCCUGCUGCAGUGUCUGGGAGGCAAGCGGGCAGGCGGCCUGUCUCCUCUAUCCGAGCGCGGCUUCCCCGCUAACCCUGACCGAGUCCCCGAAGCAGCAUCGCCCACCACCGCCGCCGGCAUGGCUGGCGUCAGCUUCGGCGCGAACCGCCUGGAGCUGCUGGCCUCGUAUCAGGAGGUGAUCGGGGAAGACAACGCCACCGACUGGGCAUUGUACACCUAUGAAGAUGACUCUGAUAAUCUGAAGCUGGCUGCCUCAGGAACUGGUGGCCUACAAGAGCUCUCCAGCCAUUUUGAGAAUCAGAAGGUGAUGUACGGAUUCUGCAGUGUCAAAGAUCCCCAGGCCACCCUACCUAAAUAUGUCCUCGUUAACUGGGUGGGAGAGGAUGUUGCUGAUGCCCGCAAAUGUGCCUGUGCCACCCAUGUGCCCAAAGUGGCAGAGUUCUUCCAGGGUGUGGAUGUGAUUGUCAAUGCUAGCAGUGUGGAAGACAUUGAUCCAGGAGCUAUCGGACAACGGCUCUCCAAUGGCCUGGCCCGCAUCGCCAGUCCGGUCCUGCAUCGUCUUCGCCUGCGCGAGGAUGAGAAUGCCCAACCUGUGGGCACCACCUAUCAGAAAACUGAUGCCGCCGUGGAGAUGAAACGACUCAACCGAGAGCAGUUCUGGGAGCAGGCUAAGAAAGAAGAGGAGCUGCGCAAAGAGGAAGAGCGGAAGAAAGCCCUGGAUGAGCGGCUGCGUUUUGAACAAGAACGGAUGGAACAAGAAAGGCAGGAGCAGGAGGAACGCGAGAAACGCUACCGGGAGCGCGAGGAGCAGAUUGAGGAACACAGGCGAAAGCAGCAGAGCCUGGAAGCAGAGGAAGCUAAACAGCGGUUGAAGGAGCAAUCCAUCUUUGGGGAGCAGGAGGACGACGAAGACAGGCAGCAGCCCAAAAAGUCUGAGUCGGAGGUGGAGGAGGCAGCAGCCAUCAUUGCUCAGCGGCCCGAGAACCCUCGUGAGUUCUUCAGGCAGCAAGAGCGGGUGGCUUCGGCCAGUUCAGAGACGCCCCCACCCUUCAACAGAACAGCAGGUCGUCUGCACUGUCCUUUCAUAAAGACACCUGACAGUGGGCUGCCUUCCUCCUCCUCCUCCUCCUCCUCCCCUCCACGGACUCCCUUCCCCUAUAUCACUUGCCACCGCACACCAAAUCUCUCCUCCUUCUUCCCAUGCAGCCAGACGGAAACACACAGAAAGGUCUCUGCCACUAGCCCCUGUGACUCCAGUACAGCCUCCACGCCGGUUGGUGAGCAGAUUGAGCGUGCCUUGGAUGAGGUAACGCAGCAGGGUGCACUGAAAGACUCUUCCAGCCCAAGCAGUGAGGAAACAGCGGAAGCCCCUGCUGUGAGCUGGGCUCCUCCCAGUGUGGAGCAACCGGCGGAGAAGACAGAAGAGCUCCCUGGAGCCUCAGCUUGGCAGGCACCAGCGUGGACAGAGCCGCAGCAAGGGGAGGCUGGGCCCACUGAAGUCCUGGUAUUCCCAGAGUCCAAAGAAGAGCCUCUUUUCCCAGAAGCUCCUCCUCCAAAAGAAGAGCCUCUUUUCCCAGCAGCCCCGCAGCCCAUCCAGAGUGAAGGUACGGUGGAUCUAGGGGAGGCCUUUGGGUUCUCCCAGCCACCAGCUCCCCCGGCCGAGAACAUCCUUGACCUGUGGCAGAACGACAGCUCUGCGGUGGAGCCCACCCCUCCCGAGGCCUGGGAGCUCCAGCAGGGCGGUGGUCCCCCCACUCCAGCCCCGUGGGACCUUCACGAUGGGCCUCCCAUGCCUGCUGCUAUGCUGGUGGAGGUGGAUGUCCCUCCUGGAGAAUCAGAGCCCCCCUCCUCGGCUGGCCUCCCUGAAGACAACCUGCUCAACUUCAAUGACCUGCCAGAACCGCCGGCCACCUUCUGCGACGCUGAGCAGGACGAAGAGCCUGCCAGCAUCAUUGCCAUUGAGGGGCUGCACCAGAUGACACUCAGCUAUCAGCACGCCCUGCAGGAAGCCUCUGGGGUGCACCAGGAUUCCCAGUUGCUCACCAAUGGGGAGACAGCCCAGAAGGAAAGCACACAGACCAGUGAGGGUUACUUCAGCCAGUCACAAGAUGAAGACUUCAACCAAUCAGAAGAACCAUCUGCUAAGGCUCCUCCUCCAGUGUUCUACAAUAAGCCCCCAGAGAUCGACAUCACUUGUUGGGAUGCUGACCCAGUGCCAGACGACGAGGAGAGCUUUGGGGGCAGCGUUUAAGGCUGGCCCCCAUGUCCCUGUCCCUGUUCCGUGCACCCAGCGAGCCCAGCGUGUGCAAGCCUGGAGGAACCGCAGUGAAGGCCUGGUGCCUGCUCGCUCCGUAUUGUAGCCCUGCGGUCCAAGGCCUCAGAAUGUGCCCCAGCCAGUUAGGAUAUUCUCCGUGGUACUAUGGGGUAACUUUUUUCCAGCGCGCUCUCUCUUUCUCUUUCUUUCUCUCUUUUUCUAAUGUUGUCAAAUAGGAAAACGUGUAAAUCUGCCUGGUCCCCUUCUUUGUUGGUAGCUUCCCUGCAGCCCCCUUUCCCCUUGCCUCUUCUGCCCACCAGGUUUUUUCUGAUUCCCCUCCCAAGUUGCCAUUUAAGCCAACUGGGUUGAUCUCCUCUGCGUGCUGCUCUUGGGGGAGGGUGGGAUAGGGUGGGGAGGAGUCUUUCCUCCUCUCUGACUCUACCCAGAGUUUUGAGGAUUUUGCACGAAUUUAAAAUAAAAUUAUGGCAAUAAAAUGGCCCGGUGUGGGCAAGGCUCUAGUUCCCAACCCUUGCUCUGCCUUCCUCAUUUGGUCUCCAACGUGCCCAACGUCUAGGGAAGUGACAAGAUCCCUGUUCAGCUUUCGGCAUCAGUAGGAGUGAGCAGCAGCCAGGAACCACUUUUACCAUCAUAGCUCAGCUCUAAUGGCCCCAUGGUUGAGAGCAAGCUCAUUCCAGACCCUUCUCCUUAGGCCUUGAUUUGCCCUGAGAGCCUGGGACAAGAGGCUGCUCUCUGGGUGGGCUCCCCUUUCCCCCUCUUUUUCCACCCUCUUCCCUCCUCCAUCCCAUGCUUGGUUUCCUUUCUCUCAUGUACCGUAACUGUUUUUUUGAAAGCACAAAUUCUGUAACAGCAAUGUGCUUAUGUAUGUUAAUAAAUAAAUUGAUUCCAAGCAGGGCAGCUGGCUUUGCAGCA